CGAUCUAUGUAAUUUUAACAUUUAGGGAGGGAUACUCAUGAUCUUUAAAUGCAGUAGUAACUCAACACAUUUUUACUAGAGGUGACAUUAGGGCUUUGAGUUGCAAAUCUAAGGUAUUAGAUACUAUGAAAAUGGCCAAACAUCAAAUGUUUAAUAAGAACAAAAGCAUAACAAAUGCUUUCAUUCAUUCUUUUGUUUGUAGUGAACAUUGAACAAGCAAGAGUAUUAAUUGAAGUGGUAGAAAGAGGACACAAGAAAAUCCAAAGCAUGGAUAGAGAGAAUCUAUUUUGUAUGCCAUGUUUACUUUACUUUAACAAAAUCUCAGGGGGGGCACAGGUAGUUAUGAGGCAACCGCUACCACUUUACCCCUAAUUUAGCAAUACCCUAGAAAGAUUUCUGGAUAAUAUAGACAGACAGAAACCCUAAAUUAAUAACAAUAAUAAUAUAUACAAUGAUAAAAAAAAUUUAAAAGGAAAAUCUAAGAAACCACCCUUUCUAAAAACGAACACCGAAACCCAAAAUCCAAGAUCAAAGCUUACUGAAUUGAACAGUAAGCCAGCGCUUGGGAGGGGCGUAGAAUAGACACAAAGCGAGAAUCAAGCCACUGUUGCGCCAUUACUGUACUCUCUCUCUCUCUCUCACUCACUCACUCACUCACUCCUUCCCUCCCUCUGUCUCUGGUUUCCCAGUGGAUACAGGGAGGACGAUGAGGCGGCGGCGGGGGCGGCGGAGGAGGAGAGACCAGAGGAGGCGAGCGGCGUUGAACGGGGAAAGAGGGAGGGAGGGGGGGGGGGGGGGGGGGGGGGGAGGAAUUUGGGGAAACGAGCUCUCUGGUCAUCUGCUGUGGAGGGAACCCACGUGGCAGGAUGUGAGUGGUUGAGGGGUGGGCUUUUGAAUUGAUGUUCCCCGAGCCGAGCCUUUGGCUUUUCUCCCCCUAUCUCUCUCAUCAUAACCCCCGCUCCCUAUGACCCCGGCGCCUUUUCCUACCCUCGCGCUCUCUCUCUACAACUAUUCUUCGAUUGCUGUUGCUGUGGUGGUGUUUGGAGAGAGAAAGCGUGGCAGCCGCCGAGCGCAGCGAGGGAUCUCCUUCCUUCCGAGUUCCGACUCCGGAGUUCAGCCCCUCUCCUCUCGUCCCUAUCUCUCUCAAUCGCUUUCGCCCGAGUCGUUGUUGUCUCUCUAUUUAUUUUCCCAUUUCUUGUUGUGCUGUGCCUUCCCACCUUUUCCUCCUCCCUCUAUCUCUCUCCACCUUCCUCGUAUCUCUCGUAUUUCCGCCUUCCCCUGCAUCCUUCCAUGCCCUAAUCUCCAAUCCUUCGCCGUACGGUUCAAUUCGGUCUUGAAUCAGAAUAACUAGACUUGUCUCCGUUUCGAUCCGUUUGGAGGCUUGGUAAGGUCAGCCUCUCUUCUCUUAUCUGUAUUCGGCUUGUUUCCUCGUUUGUCCACUUGGGUCGGGAUUAUCUUUUUGUAUGGGUAAUCGGGUUCUUAAACACAUGGGAUGAUGAGCUGCCGCCGCCGGGGGUGUUGAGUUCUGGUGGCUUUUCCAUUCUGAUUUUUGGUAGUUCGUUGAUUAGUGUUGGCAAUUGGGGGUCCUUUGGGUUGUGGCACAUAGCUAGCAUGCGGCGUUUUUAUUGAAAUGAGGGUUCUUUGAGGUCAAUGCUUUGUGCCCUGGUCUUAAAUUAUUGAGUAUGUUGCAAAUUGUUAUUGUUUUACGAUUGGCCUUUGCAUGGUUUUGGGAAGAUGGUUCAAUUGAUUCAUUUUUGUAGAUGAGAUUGGAGCUCCUCAAAAGCCAGCAGUUGCGGAAUACAGUGUUUCAUUUUGGUUAGCAGAUAAGAGUGGUAAUUGGGAGGAUAUUAGGCUCUUUUAGCUUCAUGGGAUUGUUUAUCAGAGUUUGCAUGUUGCUUAAUCUGAAGAGCUAUUUGUUUUUUAUGUGCUUUAAAUUUCAGUUGUCAUGCAUUUUUGAAAUGCCAAAGUUGCUAUGUAUUAUUUCAUUCUUUGGUGCUGUAUGGUGGAGCAUUGUUUGACAUAACCAGGUGGGAGAGUCUUUUUGCGUACGUUCAGUUUAGUAAUCGAAUAAGUCAAUUUGAAUUUGUGAUGUUGGGUUGCUACACUGGAGGAAGAAGUACCGGAAUGCAAUAUAUUUUCUGUUGAUGCCUUUUGACGAGGAGAAUGUGUAGCUUACAUUUUGUUUCUAGCUAUGACAUUACCUAGAUCCUAAGUUAUUGUAGUGUGACCAGCUAUAGAUGUUAUUAACUUGGAGGUAUAAUCUUCUUAGGUCAUACAAAAAAGUAACUAUUAUUGGUUACGCUAUUUUCUUUUAGUGGCUGUUAAUUUUGUUCUUGUUUGCAAUGAGUUCGAAUUUUGGCUAUCAUGCAUUUGCAACUCUCUCAGUUGCUUGCUCUUAUUUCAUUCGUCAGCGUUGUGUGUGGAGCAUUUAUUUUGGUUUAAUACAGGCUGAUGGGUUAUCUUGCUAUACUUUGAGUUUAGUAGAAUCAAGGAAGUCAACCAGAAUCUCUGAAGUUGAAUUGCUGCUUUGAAGGAAUAGAACAUAAUCUAGUUCAUUUGAUGGAGUCUGUUAUUGUGAUGCUAUUUCUCUUGUGGCUUUUGGAUGAUGAGAGUGCAUUGCUUUUAUUUAUGUUUAGCUAUUACAUUGCACGGACCGUCAGUAAUUAGAAUGUGGCUAAACAUUUGUUAUAUACAUUAUGAACUUGGUCGCUAGCUAUGCAUUUUGGAUUCUUUUGUCCUAUAUGAAUACCUUAAAUCUGAUAAUGCCUGCGCAUGGUUUGAAAACCCCACCUAGGAUGAGAUCCUGGAUGCUUAUAUAUAACAGUUAUGAAUGACAUUGCCAUAUGCUAUGAUUUGGGUAUAAUGCUACAACUCCUCAUCUGAUAGUGCUGCUGUAGCUCAUAGGCUAUAGGAAAAAGUCACUUUUCUCUAUUAUUGAUUUUUUUUUUGUCUUUACUGGUUCCUUGACAAUGACUUAAAAAUGCUGUUCUUGAUAGCAGGCUGAGGUGGUUGCUGUUCUUGCAGACCUUGCAUAGAUGAUGCAAUUUCCCCCCCCAAUCUACUAUGCUUGUGGCAAUUAAGUGCUGAAUUUAAGAAGCAAAACUGAAGGAUGAAGGACAGCAGUUCAAAUACAAAUAAAAUCAUUAACAGGAACUGGGUCUUGAAGCGCAAACGUAAAAAGCUACCUUUUGGACGCAUUCUUGGUAAAGAAGAGAAGUCAUUACCUCCUAAUACUCCAGAUGCUCCAUCUGCAGCCAAACGGCAAGCAAGCAAUGAGUUAGGUCUUGAGCAGUCUGUGUCCAAGAAGAAGGGAAAUGAUGGGUACUACUAUGAAUGUGUCGUUUGCGAUCUCGGUGGAAAAUUACUCUGUUGCGAAAGCUGUCCCCGAGUAUACCAUAUUCAAUGCCUUGAUCCACCCCUUAAGCGCAUACCAAUGGGCAAGUGGCAGUGUCCAAAAUGCUUCCAAAAGAAUGAUCCACUCAAGGGCAUCAGCCAGCUGGACUCCAAUUCAAAGCGAGCAAGAACAAAGCUCAUCACUACAAAUUCUGGGGUCAAAUCAUCUGACGCUGACAAAGCGUCUCGGCUCCUUGGAAGCUCCACUUUGUCUAGACAAAGGGCUUCAAACAAAGGGAAGUCUGUUGUUAUACUUGGAGCUAACUCACCGGAUAAAGAACUAGAUUCUUCCCUAGAUGUAUCUAAUAGCAGCAUGCUUGGCUGCACUGAUGGUGUAUCCCCUUUAGAGAAUGCUGAUGAUGCUAAGAACCCUGAUACGCCUGCAGCAGGGUUAGUUUCUAAUAAUAGUGCAGCUGCUGACAAGAGCACAACUGAAGUUGAUAAGCCAGAGAGCAAAUCGUCUUCUGAGAAUGUUGAUGAUGCUAUGCAAGCUGAUGUGUCUUCACCAGCUUCAGUUGCAGAUAGGAAGGCUGUUUCUGAUCCCGAGGAACUUCUCUCUGAUUCCCAGUUCAAACAAUCAGAUCCACAUGAUGAUACCUGUGACAGCACACCUGACUCACAUUAUAGUGGGUCUUCUGAUAAGCGAGUCGUUCUUGCUAUUGGUGCUACUGCUGAUAAAAACAGAAAGAGGAAGCUUGAGUUUAACGAUGGAGACACUGUAAAGAAGCACAAGAUUGGCAAAGGAAAGCGUUCAUCUAAGAAAUGUGUAUCUAUGAGCAAUAUUGCAGGACGUGGGACUACUAAAUCACACCAGAAAAGAAAAAGCCUCGAUCGUUUAGUUUCUGCUUCUUUGCCAGUUGGUGAUGUCAUAACUCGGAAAACAGACGCGACAAGCAAUGAUGAGGUACAUGAGAAUGCUGUGUGUACGACAAACAAGUCAGAUAAAGUGAGUGGUAGAAUUGAAAGACAGACCUCUGAAUAUGGUUUUCUCCCUGAACUGCAGCAGGUUGAUCGUGUUCUAGCAUGUAGAAUUCAAGGUGAUUGUUCAAUAAUCUCUUCAACUCGUACAUCUUUGAUUGAAGCAGAGGACCUUCCAUCCGAUGUGAUUGUUAUGUCCGAGUCUCAAAACAAACUUGCAGAUGCAAUUUCAUCCUGUGACAUUGAUCAAGAUAAGGUAGCCGAGAAUCUUCUUGUGGGUUCUCCUACCGCUGUAGGAGGUGCUAAUACUGAUGGAGAAAGUAUAAAGAAUGAUAACAAAGUGUUGGGUGAGGAUUUGUGUGGUACAUUGACUCGGAAAGACUGUAAAAAAGAGGAUGUUAAGGAGCCAGUGGAGACUGUUGGCACAUAUCUUGUUUCCACAUGUAUAAAUGGUCAAGAUAGGGAUGAGUCUGCAGUAACCUCAGAGGACUUGGGGAAUAAACUUGACAAGAUGGCAGACAAAGAUAUUCAUGCCUCCUCGGAAAGGCAGGAUGCUAUGGAAGUUGCUGAAGUGUGUGAAUCACAAGUAUCUCUUGAAUCGAAGGACACCAGUAAGAUGAAUGCUGAAGUGAAAGUUAGUUGCAAUGGCGAAACAAAAGUCCAAGAGCCAUCCAUGGUGGAAACUGUAUCUCAUAAGGGGGAUGCAAUAACAUACGAAUUCUUGGUUAAGUGGGUUGGGAAGUCCCAUAUACAUAACUGUUGGAUUUCUGAAUCACGACUAAAGAGUCUUGCAAAGCGAAAACUAGAAAAUUACAAGGCAAAAUAUGGAACAACUAUAAUGAAUAUCUGCGAGGAAAGGUGGAAGCAGCCUCAAAGAAUACUUGCCCUGCGAGAAUCUGGUGAUGGUACACAAGAAGCUUUUGUGAAAUGGACUGGCCUGCCUUAUGAUGAAUGUACUUGGGAACAACUGGACGAACCUGUUCUUAAGUGUUCUUCCCAUCUGAUAGAUAUAUUUCAUCAGUUGGAAUCGCAGACACGGGAAAAAGAUAGCACAAGUCAUGGUCCGACAAAGGGCAGGGGUGAGGUUAUUACUCUUACGGAACAGCCAGAGGAACUCAAAGGAGGUGCUUUAUUUCCCCAUCAACUUGAAGCACUGAAUUGGUUACGUAAAUGCUGGUAUAAAUUUAAAAAUGUGAUACUUGCCGAUGAGAUGGGGCUUGGGAAAACAGUUUCUGCUUGUGCUUUCAUCUCAUCGUUGUAUUUUGAGUUCAAAGCCAAGCUUCCUUGUUUGGUCUUGGUUCCACUGUCUACUAUGCCUAACUGGCUUUCAGAGUUUUCUUUGUGGGCUCCAAAUGUGAAUGUUGUGGAAUAUCAUGGGUGUGCAAAAGCAAGGGCUGUUAUUCGCCAGUCCGAAUGGCAUGCAAGUUAUCCUAAUGAGGUUAAUAAGAAAACCAAUUCUUACAAGUUUCAUGUGCUUUUGACCACUUAUGAAAUGGUUCUUGCUGAUGCAUCUCAUUUGAGGGGAGUUCCUUGGGAAGUUCUUAUUGUUGAUGAGGGGCACCGUCUAAAGAACUCAGGAAGCAAGCUGUUCAACUUACUUAAUUCUUUCUCUUUCCAACACCGUGUUUUAUUGACUGGGACCCCUCUUCAGAAUAAUAUUGGAGAGAUGUACAAUUUACUGAAUUUCCUGCAGCCAGCUUCAUUUCCUUCCUUGACUUCCUUUGAGGAGAAUUUCAAUGAUCUUACAACUGCGGAGAAAGUGGACGAAUUGAAGAAACUUGUUGCUCCACACAUGCUUCGAAGACUCAAAAAGGAUGCAAUGCAAAAUAUCCCUCCGAAGACAGAACGGAUGGUCCCAGUGGAGUUGUCUUCUAUCCAGGCCGAGUACUACCGUGCAAUGCUUACGAAGAAUUAUCAGGUACUAAGGAAUAUGGGAAAGGGGGUUCCACAGCAGUCAAUGUUAAAUAUUGUGAUGCAGUUGAGAAAGAUUUGCAAUCAUCCUUAUCUCAUACCGGGAACUGAGCCUGAUUCUGGAUCAGUUGAAUUUCUCCAUGAAAUGAGGAUAAAAGCCUCUGCAAAGCUGACUCUUUUGCAUUCAAUGCUUAAGGCUCUAUAUAAGGAAGGCCAUAGAGUGCUUAUCUUUUCCCAGAUGACCAGACUUCUUGAUAUACUUGAGGAUUAUUUGACGAUAGAGUUUGGUCCAAAGACUUAUGAGCGAGUUGAUGGCUCUGUUUCUGUUUCUGAUCGUCAAACUGCAAUUGCACGAUUCAACCAAGACAAAAGUCGAUUCGUGUUCUUGUUGUCAACACGAUCUUGUGGCCUUGGCAUCAAUUUAGCUACUGCUGACACAGUUAUUAUUUAUGAUUCUGAUUUCAAUCCACAUGCUGAUAUCCAAGCAAUGAACCGUGCACACCGUAUUGGACAAUCGAAAAGACUUCUAGUGUAUAGGCUUGUUGUACGGGCCAGUGUUGAAGAGCGUAUCUUGCAGCUGGCCAAAAAGAAGUUAAUGCUUGAUCAACUUUUUGUGAACAAGUCUGGAUCUCAGAAGGAAGUGGAAGACAUUCUACGAUGGGGAACAGAAGAACUUUUCAGCGAUUCUAAUGGCACACAUCUGAAAGAAAACCAAAGCAACAAAGAUGAAAUCAUUGUCGAUGUAGAGCAAAAGCAGAAAAAAAAAGGUGGUGGCCUGGGGGACGUAUACCAGGAUAAAUGCACAGAUGGUGGCAGCAAAAUUAUGUGGGAUGAUACUGCAAUUUCAAAAUUGCUUGAUCGGUCAAAUCUUCAAACAGGGCUAGCUAAUGUCAGUGAAGGAGAAUGUGAGAAUGACAUGCUUGGCUCAGUAAAGUCUCUGGAAUGGAAUGAUGAAACAGCAGAAGAGCCUGUAGCAGCAGAAUCACCUAUGCAUCCUGCUGAUGAUGUUUUUGGAGAAAAUCUUGAAAGAAAAGAGGAAAAUCCAGUCAAUAGCAUCGAAGAAAACGAAUGGGAUAGGCUUUUGCGUGUGAGAUGGGAGAAGUAUCAAAGUGAGGAGGAAGCAGCUCUUGGUCGAGGGAAACGUCAGAGAAAAUCUGUUUCCUACCGGGAAGCUUAUGCUCCCCACCCAAGUGAAGCUCUGAGCGAGAGUGGUGGUGAAGAGGGGCGGGAGCCAGAACCAGACCGAGGAUACACGCCAGCCGGACGAGCUUUAAAGGAGAAGUUUGCUAAGCUGCGUGCGAGACAAAAGGAGAGGCUUGCUCAAAGGAAUAUUAUUGAAGACUCUGAUCCUAAUGGUGAAGUUCCAGUACCAGAAUGUCCCCCCACCAGUGUCUCGGCCAAUGGCCAAGUGAAGGAUGAACUAAUGGGUGAGAGGUCUUCAGCAAUUGAUUUGGAGGAUGACAAAUUUGUUCAGCAAUUAGAUGCUCUGAAUAGCAAGCCUGACUCAACUUUAAGGCUGGGCCAAUCUAAUAAUCCUAAAAUUGACUAUCAUCUGAAUCCUUCUGUUAAUUCCCUUGGUUCCUCCCGUUCUGCAGACACUGUUGCUCCAAACCACCAAAUCCAGGGAACAGGCUACACAGAUUAUCUUCCCUCUGAUAAUUUAUUGCCAGUGCUCGGAUUAUGUGCUCCUAAUGCCAGUCAAUUAGAGUCAUCUCGUAGAAAUUUAUCAAGAUCCAAUGGCAGACACAGCAAGCUGGGUACUAGACCUGAAUUUCCUUUCACUCUACCUCCUACUGGAGCUUCCAUGGAGGCUGAUGGAGGUCUUUCACAAUUUUCUAAAAAUGGUUUGCCUGAUGGUUGGCUCCCGUUUCCGUGUCCUCCAUCUUUUCCGCUAGGAAAAAUGGCCGAGAGCUCUGGUUCCAGCUUUGCUGAUUUCAGGGAAAAAAUGUCACUUCCAAAGUUGCCAUUUGAUGAGAAGAUGCUACCUCGAUUCCCUCUUCCUACAAAGAUGCCCCACCCUGAUUUAUUGCCUAACUUGUCACUGGGUGGCAGACUGGAUGCAACAAAUGACUCUAUGAGGGAUCUUCCUGCAAUGCCAUUUUUACCCAAUUUGAAGAUCCCUCAAGAUGUUCAAAGAUACAGUCAGCUAGAGAAUGAGGUGCCUCCUAACCUUGGUUUGGGUCAGAUGCCAUUAAACUAUCCUUCAUUCCCUGAAAACCACAGAAAGGUGCUUGAAAACAUACUGAUGAGGACAGGAUCUGUACCAAGUGCCAUGUAUCGGAAGAAAUCAAGAAUAGAUGGGUGGUCUGAAGACGAACUGGAUUCUCUAUGGAUUGGUGUUCGUAGAUAUGGAAGGGGCAAUUGGGAUUCAAUGCUCAAAGACCCUAGACUAAAAUUAUCAAAGCAUAAAUUGCCUGAGGAUUUAGCAGCUAGGUGGGAGGAAGAACAACUAAAGAUCUUAGACGCACCAACCUUUCCAGCACCACCUAAGACAGUAAAGUCUGCAAAGUCUUCCAAAUCGCCCAUGUAUCCAAGCAUCCCUGAAGGAAUGAUGGCUAGGGCAUUACAUGGAAGCAGGUUUGUGGCACCACCAAAGUUCCCUGGUCAUAUGACAGACAUGAAACUAGGGUUCGGCGAUCCAUCUUCAGGCCUGGCACAUCCUGACCCGUCAUCCAAUCAUCCACUUCGGUUUCAGAGGGAGCAGCAUCUUGGCCCUCUUCCAGUAUUCAACCAUGAGAAGUUUCGGUCAAAGUUUGGCGGUGGAGAUUCUUCUGCUGGACCUUCCUCUACAAACGAGAAGCCAUUUUUGCUCGAUUCUUUUGGAGCAAGCAACUUGGGCGCAUUAGGUUCGAGUUACCUGGGCACCUUGGACGUACAGAGAAGAGAGGAGGAGCUUGCUGCGAUGAAGUACAGGAACUCACCUAACCUUCUUGAUAGGUCAUUCCGAGAUGUCCACGGUAACUUAGGAGGUGGUGGUGAAUUAAGCUUUCCAGCAAUGUCCACUGACCCCAACAUGCGUCGCUAUUCAAAGGGCAAAGAGGUAGUUGGAAGUGGUCCUUCAGAGAACAAGUUGCCACAUUGGCUGAGGGAAGCUGUUACUGCUCCUCCUGCCAAAUUGCAGGAGCCUGAUCUACCCCCUACAGUGUCGGCUAUAGCUCAAUCAGUUCGAUUGCUCUAUGGAGAAGAGAAGUCCACAAUUCCUCCAUUUGUCAUACCUGGUCCACCUCCUUCACAACCAAAGGAUCCCAGACGAGCUCUAAGGAAGAGGAAGAAGAAGACAAGACCCAAUCUACCGGUUCCAUUCUCUGAUUCUUUUGCUCAGCCCAAUCUUCCGCUUCUUCCGCCAUUGAAUCCCGGGACAUCAGGCCUUCCCUGGAAUGGAUCUGGUGUACAGGGGUUAUUGGCACCAACCCCAUGCUUAAACCGGGAGAAGAAAACAAACAUGGGAUUGUCCCCGUCUCCAGAAGUGCUUCAAUUGGUAGCUUCUUGUGUUGCUUCAAGUGCCCCACCUGUAGGCCCUGGUUCCGGAAUGAUAAGCUCAACAAGUGUGCCACCCGAGAGCAUGCCGUCGAUUCCAAACUCUGCAGAUCAAGUUGAAAGCUUGGAUAAUCACAGUUCGCCCUUGAAUACAGAACAAGGAACCGUAGCAGAGGAGAGGCAAGACGAUGAAUGCAGUAAACAAGGUGAUAGUAGUGGUGAAUCUGGCAAGAUGCAGCAAUCUGCCCCUUGUGAGAUUGAAAAGCAUGAUCCUCCAGAGAAGGGCACUUUGUCAGAAGGAACGGUGUCAUCGGAAGGAACGCUCUCUGAUGAACCCAUGACCGACGAUCAUGAGCCGCAGCAGCUAUAGGGGAAAAAACAUACGGUGUACUGUUGUCAUUCUUUACACCAUCCAUAUUCUUUUUUUCUUCUUUUUUUUUUUCUUGCUGCUGGUGGUGGUGGGGUUGCAGGGCUAAUUAAGUAAGGGGAGAUGUGCUCGAAUUUUUGUAGGAUUGAUGAUGGGUGGCAAGUAGGGAGUGAUGCUAUAGGAUCCAUUUUAGGACAAGGUUUUGUAUUGUAAAUUGUAUGAGAUUGGAAAUAUAUAUAGUAUAAGGGGGGUAUCCCUGUUUGGUACUUGUAUGACAACUUUCGAUUUUAGAUUUUUUGUAAGUUGAAAGUGUUGCCUGUUGCUGUUGAAGUCAGGUUUUCUUUCAAUUGCAGCAUAUGAUUCUGGUGAAGAUGCCGGAGCUAAAGAGUCAGCCCAAGUCAUAUUCAUUUUGUAAAAUCCAAAAGCUUGAGUUGUACAGGUUGAUCCACUUUCAUAUGAUUCUUUUAGGAUACAAAUCUAUGUAACUUUGCUUGCUUGCGCACUCACUCUGCCUAAUCUGCGUAGCAGCAGUGAGUGAAAAGUGACACCUCAACAACACAAUCAUCGUACAUAACAUCUUUAAUUAUACUAGUUUUUUGGCCGUGCUUCGCAAAAUCUAAUUAUAUUUAAAAUUUCAUCCACUUAUUGAAUAAUUUACAUAGUAUCUU